CUUAGACGAACAUUAGCUCAAGAUCACUCAAUUUUAAUUCUGAAUGAGUACUCGAGGGUCGCAGAGUUGUGAGCGGCGUACGGAGAUCGUGAACGUGAGAUAGCGGCUCUUUAGAGCCCUUUUUUUCAUCUUUCAAUGAGGAUCUUCCACCAGUGCCUAAUUUUGACUUUGACUUUCGGAAUUGUAACGAUAUCUGCUAAGAGAUGGCGCAACAAACCAGGACGUCCAAAGAAUCCAAAACAUCCUCGAGGUCAUCCUCGUGUUCAAGAUCUUCUGCAGGCCAUCAAGAUUCCAUUUGUGACACCUGGAGUGGGUUUCGUGAUCGGUCCAGACGGAUUCCCUGCCUUCCUCUUGGAACAGGAAGCUGACAUCAAAUCCCCUUACAGGCUUCACCUUCCGCCCACCUUGUUCAGAGACUUCACCAUCGGAGUCACGCUAAUGCCGAAAAAUCCCAAGGGUGGAUACGUCUUUGCAGUGGUCAAUCCCACUGACACAGUCGUGCAACUUGGAUUAAAGAUAAUAUCAUCUGGAGAGUCCACAGUCAACCUGACGCUGUUUUACACCGACGUUGACAUGCAUCUCACGUCUCAAGCUCUCACCACCUUUGCUGUUCCCGAUUUUCUUGGAAUGUGGACAAGGAUAGCAAUAAGAGUUGCCAUGAAUAAUGUGACAUUGUUUUACAAUUGUGAAGAGUAUGCAAGCGUAGAAGUACGGAGAAUUCCGAAGAAACUAGUUUUUGAUACUGCGUCAACGUUGUAUAUCGGGCAAGCUGGUCCAUUACUGUCUGGAAAAUUUGAGGGAGGACUACAAGAACUGAAAAUAUACAACAAACCUGGCGUUGCUGAAAUAUACUGUGAAGCUUCAUUUCAGGGAAGCGGGGAUGGAAGAGGUGAUGUAGGCAUUGAAGAAAUUGAUGUAAAUGAUGAUAACGAACAAAUGUAUCCAGUUACGACUCCUGGAAAAUCUGAACAAGGUAAGAUUGAUACCUGUCCACCCCCACUGAUAAUUCCACCUCCGCCGGGUCCAGGGCCUAUAGGGAUAGAAAAAGUUCCUGGACCAAAAGGUGAGAAGGGAAGAGCUGGACGACAUGGAAAACCUGGAUUGAAGGGCGAACCCGGUCUGAUUACAGAAAAAGAAUUGCUAAAGCUACAGCCCAAAUUGAAAGGAGACAGGGGUGAACCCGGACCUCCUGGAUUACCUGGACCUCCUGGCCCUCAAGGACAAAAGGGUGAAUGCGUUGUUGCCCCUCCCCGUUUUGGGAUCACAGGGGGCCCUUCAGAAUUGUGGAAUGAAGGAGACUAUGGUUCUGGAGAUGACCAGGGAGCAAGAGAAUGGCUGUCAGGUGUUCUGCAUCCCGGCAGUCCUUGCGUGUGCAACAUAUCUUUGAAGCAUCUUGAAAGUUUACCCAGAUUAAGAGGAGCAGAUGGCUUGCCUGGUCCCAAAGGAGAUCCCGGUGCUCCCGGGCUUCCUGGACCUCCCGGAAUUGGAAUGCCAGGCUCAGACGGCCCUAAAGGAGACGAAGGAAAACCAGGUUUACCAGGACCUCAAGGUCAAAAAGGAGAACCUGGCGUAGAUGGCAUACCAGGCAGUCCCGGUCCUCGAGGAAUGCCCGGACCUCCGGGGCCUCCCGGACUGGCUAAUAAUCAUGCACCUUUCGAUCUAGACGGUGCUUAUGGUUCCGGAUUGUAUCCCAGCUCUGGAGACGGUCCUUUCGGCCCCUAUGUGGGUCGACCUGGUGCACCGGGUGUUCAAGGUCCUCCAGGACUGCCCGGUCCACCUGGCAUCAGAGGAGAAAGAGGUUAUCCUGGUGAAAAAGGAGAACGAGGAGAACAGGGGCCAAAAGGUGACAAAGGAAAUCAGGGGAUAUCUGGAUUCCCUGGAGAAAAAGGUGACCCUGGCUUGAAUGGUCGUGACGGUAUCGCCGGUUUGCCUGGACUUAAGGGAGAACGUGGUGAAAAGGGCGAUCCUGGACCACCGGGUAUUGGAAUACCAGGUCCACCUGGUCCUCCUGGAAAACCAGGUUCAGCCAUUUUCAGAAGUUCAGACGGUGACGGAGGCAUCGACAUCAGUUUGAAAGGAGAGAAGGGAGAACCUGGUGAAUCAGGGCCUAAGGGAUCCCGAGGAAAACUUGGCAAAGAGGGUCCUCCUGGCCCCAAAGGUGAUCUUGGGCCUCCCGGUCCUCCAGGACCUCCAGGUGUUAGCACUAUUACUUCAACAGACGGAGAAGCAGAAUUGUUAAUCAAAGGAGAGAAAGGUGAUCGAGGAAGAAGAGGCAAAAAAGGUAAAAUAGGUCCACCAGGGCCUCCAGGACCAGCCGGACCACCUGGUGAGAUCGGACUUCCAGGAUUUCCGGGCCGGCCAGGAACUCCAGGUAGACCUGGUCCGAAAGGCGAGCCUGGUGUAUCUAUCAAGGGAGAAAAAGGAGAUCAAGGACCUCCUGGAAUUGGUGGCUAUAUGGAUGCGGACGGUAUUAGUGUUGUUAGUAUUGGUCCCAAAGGAGAGAAAGGAGAUCUCGGCCCUGCAGGUCCCAUAGGACCUUCCGGUUUACCAGGUGAAAAGGGAGAACCCGGACGUCCUGGGAGAGAUGGUAGGAAGGGUGAACAGGGUCCCCCUGGACCAGCUGGCAGUUUGGACGAUCUUCGAACUGGCGGUAAACUUAUACCUAUUGCUGGACCUCCUGGACCACCGGGACCACCUGGGCCCAGAGGUCCUCCUGGAGAAGCAAUUCCCGGACCACCCGGCUUGCCUGGACCUCCAGGCGCCCCAGGAGGAAGUGGACUCCGAAAUCCAUUCUGGACUGGAAAUGACCAUGCGGGAAGAAGAGCAUAUCGAGGAAUAAAAGGCUUGCGAGCAUUUUCAAGAGCAAAAGGUGUGCAAAUAUUCCCAGGCCCCCCUGGACCUCCAGGUCCACCCGGUCCUCCUGGUCCGCCUGGGAAACCUGCUUCUGACAAUGCUCCUGAAGAACUCAGAAGACCUACGGUCGUUCCAGGGGCUGUAACAUUCAAAAAUAUGGAUACUCUGUUAAGGAUGUCAGAUAUCAGUCCUUUGGGUACGCUUGCAUUUGUGCUAGAAGAAGAAUCUUUGCUUGUUAGAGUAAGCGAAGGCUGGCAGUAUGUUGCGCUUGGAUCAUUGGUAGUACAAUCAACUCCAAGUCCUACUAAAGCUCCGACGACGCAUGCUCCUUUCAGUCCACCUGUUGAUAAUCUCAGACUGGAUAAAGCCCCAAGACUCCGAAUGGCCGCUUUGAACCAGCCGUUCAGCGGGGACAUGCACGGUGUUCGGGGAGCCGACUACGAAUGUUAUCGACAGUCCAGGAGGGCCAACCUGCGGGGCACCUUCCGCGCCUUCCUGGCCUCCAGGGUUCAGAACCUCGAUAGCAUUGUGCGCUUCCAGGAUGCCGGGCUGCCAGUUGUCAAUCUAAAGGGAGAAGUCAUCUUCAACGCUUGGAAGGAUGUUUUUACGGGCGCCGGCGCUCCGUUUCCAUAUCCUCCUCGCAUUUAUUCCUUUGAUGGCAGGAAUGUCCUGGCUGACAACAGAUGGCCCCAGAAACUCGUGUGGCACGGUUCUGACAAACACGGCGUUCGAGAUCUCGAGUCAUAUUGUGAUGCAUGGCAUUCAGCGGGUUUGGGAAAAGUAGGGAUGGCCAGCUCAUUACUUAGAGGAAGGUUGCUGGAUCAAGAAAGAUACUCAUGUAACAACUCCUUUAUCGUCCUAUGUAUCGAAGCCACCAGUCAAGACGACUACCGGAAACGGAGGAAACGGGAUAUCGAUGAAGAUGAAGCAGACAUCGAUGACCACGAGCUGACGUGGGAAGAGUUCCUCCAAAGACAGAAAGAAGAGGAAUCUGAAGAAGAGGAGAUCAGAACAAUCUAGAAUACCCUGCGUUCUGUAUUGAUUACAUUCUUUCAUUUUUUUUCUGUUCCAAUGCGCAUAUUGGAAGAUAAUUCAUCAUAUCUUAUGUUCGUGGAUGGUCCCUUUUUUUUAAUAAAAUGUGCAGUAUUGGAAUAAUUUGAUGGAUAGUAAAAGAAAGUGUGUAUUUGUAACUGUAACUGAAAUAGAUUGGAUUUCGGUUAAUAUUUCUUAGUUGUUUGCCAGAUUGUAUUUCUUGCAGGCUAAAGUACUAAACAAAGUGUUGCUAAUCAAAAUACGGCAUUGUCCAUUUCCACCCCGCUGUUUGUAAAGAAAAAAAAUGUGUGCUCAAUGUGGAGAUAGUAAUUGUAUAACUGUUGUCUUAUUUGGUGUUGAAUAGGUCCUAGAGUUAAGUGUGCUGGAAACUUUUGCUAAUAGUUUUUCAGUACAUGUGUGUUUGCUAAAUGGCGUAGCCUGCUGUUGUAUGUCUGAAGUUAGAAUAUUAGGAUGCGCAUUUAAACAUAUCUGAUUCUCAAAAUAAGAUUCUGUCAGACAUAUAUGAUUCCUUAUUCUAUUUAUUUGAGGUACGAUUUGUGGUAUUGUCAUUUUUUGUACAAAGUUGUGAGAUAUAGUUUCAGAUUAAUGAAGCGUAGCAAGAUGUUUGAAUUUUUAUCUCUAAAUUUCAAAAAUAGCUGUUCAGAUAAUAUUUAACAAUAAUAGAAAAAAAAUCUAUCAACUGAAUAGCAAUAAUUUCUCAUAUUCUUAUAAUUAAUUAUUUUUUCUGCUUAAUUAAAAUUCAUUUUCAUUUUUUAAAAAUCUAUCAAUCAUGCAUCUAUUAAUUUCAAAAAUUAAAGAGGAUUCUUAUGUUAAAUGACAAAAUUAUAAUAAUGCAUUUAUUUCUACUGCCAAAACAACUUGUAAAUACAGAUAUGCUUAAAACAUGUAGAUUCUUUUAUUUAUUAGGAUUUAUAUUUUAUUCUUAAUGUGAAUAUAUUCUUAUUUCUGUGCAACUCAGCAGAAUUAUUCACGAAAGGUUCUUUCAUGUUAUAAAUUUAAGUUAAAGUUAUCUGUUUAUUAAAUUUUUUUAUUUGAAAAUACUUUUUUCAGAAGCAGGAAUUCAUUAACAUAUAAACUCUAAGUCAUUUGAAAUUCAGUAUUAAGAAUUAUAUUGUAAUAGCAGUUAAUUGGCAUGUGACAGUUUUGAAACUAAGUUAAUCCAUCAAACCGAUACACUUAAAUAGCUUUAAUAAAUAAAUAAUUUUAUUAAAUUAUUUAUACUUUUUGUACAUAAUCUGAUGUGCCAAACCUUUUUCUUGUUUCAUUGUUUAAGUUUCAAAGGCAGCAGAAUCCCCACUUUCAUAUUUAUUCAUUUAAUAUAUGCUUGUAAAAUAAAUAUCGAUAGCUACCAUUCGAUCGUAUUAACUUUCACAUCUGAAAGGAAUACAGAUUGAGAAAAAAAAAUCUGAAUAACUUUAUUGUAGAAAAUUUUAAAAUUGUUUCUUAUCAUUUUGUUUUUAUAUUAUCCGACGUAAUUUUUGCGCUGAAAUUUAUUAUCCUUUUUUUGGGCAAUUUUUAUUAUAUUUUAAAUUCAGUUUCAGUUCAGACGAUUAUUAUUUUUGCUAUUUGAAAAUUUUGUGCCAAAAAUGAUCAAAAACGUCAAAGAACGAAAGUGAACAACUGAACACCCAUCUUCAUAUUUAUUCAAUUAGUAUGCAUUUGUAAGAUAAAUAUCAAUAUUUACCUGUGGUCUUUCUUUAAAUUUCAUUUCUUAAAAAAAGAACGUGGUAUGAGAAAAAGUAUAUCUGCGUUGUUUUAUAAUAGAAUUCUUUUAAAUCAUAUGUUUUUUAUUAUUAUAAUUCAUAAAUUUUGCUCUGGAAUUUAUUAUAUUUUUUUAAUAAUUUUUAUUAAAUAUAUAGAUCAAUUUUUAAUCAAAUUAUGUGCCAUAAACGAUGUAGUUGAUAUUAGAUUCAAAAUAUCUGCAAGCGAUUUAUCAGUUUGUGGUGUAGGUAGGGAUUUUAUGGAACUGUGACAGAUACGUGUUAAUGGUGUGGUCUCAUAUCAUGCUCUAUCUGCCAUCAUCACUUGAGUGUCAAAAUUUAUAUUUAAUAACAAUUAUUCAUUACUUAUUUCACUUUAUGCUAGUCACACUUGGCGAACUGUGUUCAGUAGAUGAGAUAUUUGUGAAAUGUCGUGCACCAAUCAUUUGACUUAAAAAGUGAUUUGUAGCAAGAUUGGCGUUAUCUUGCGAACUAAUGAAAUGCAAAGUUAAGUCAAAAUGAUUGUAUCUGUAAAUAUGCUUUGCUGAAAACUUGUCUGUCUAUUAUUGUAUUCGAACUCAAUCGAUUUUAUACUUUAUAUAUUUUCUGAAUUCUAUUCUAGAUGUUAGCGUGUAUUCCUAUGUGUGUAAGUUGGUUAUUUAUUUAUGUAUUGAAUAUAGGCCAUGGCUAGUUGUGUGUGUAUCUUCUGUCAGGUUUGAAUUUAAAUUUGGUUUUAAAUUGAACAAGCGAAACUUUUUCUAUUUUGUCGAGUUACAGGCUGUACUCUUUUAUAUUUUUGAAUUAAUUUUUUAUGGAAAUAUUUAUUUGGAAAUAAAUAUAUUUCCUAAAAUUAAAUUUAUUUCUGCAACUAAGUGGACAUAUAAAUAAUUUUUUGUUGUCGAAUGGAUUGAAUUCUUUAUUCAAAUACUGAAGGGAAUUUUCGAAAAUCUCCGGAUUAUUGACUAUCUAAAAAAUUUUUUCUUGGUAGUAUGUUCCAAAAAUUGAAUUGAAAUAAAUAAUUUUCAACAGCUGAAUUUAAAUAUAUAUUCAAAUGUUUUUAUUUUAUUUUAUUUUACGCGAGCGAAAUUUUUAUCAGCUCUUAUGUGGUGUUAAAUUAUCUAAAAUGUUGACGCAUAUUAUUCUUACUUUUACUUAAAUAAAUAAUGACGCAUAUAUCCUAGAAAAUAUAAUCUAAUAUUAAUUUAAAUUUUUUUAUUAAUGAAGAAAAAAAUAUUACACGAAAACUAAAACUUGUAAUAUUUGUUAGUUAAAGAAAAUAAAAAUAAAGUUAAAAUUGAAUUUUUUCCAAACAAAAAUUGUUUUGUUUAGUAUAAUCGUUUUUAGUUUAAAUGUUUGACUCAAAGGCUUCAACAGCAAAUAUCAGCCUUUCCUUUAAGCUGCUAAACAACGUUCUUGUUCGAAAUAAAUAUAUUUUUGUUUUGUUUAUGAAUAUUUCGCACCGACGUUAAAUACAUUGAAAAUUGAAGCUAGUUUAGGUAUAAGGAAAAGAAAAAUGUUAACUGAAGUGCUGAAUUUAAAAUUGAGUCUGAAAAAAUUAAUACGUUGAGAGAGGACUUCAUAUAUCAUAGAUGUAUCUCUGACAUAUUGUUUGUUAGUGCACAGAACUCUUCUCACGGGUUAAACUAAGUUGUUUACCUUUGUAUUCUGUUUCAUCUAUCGUUAUACUGUUUCAAAAUAAUUUUUGUAGGCUCACUUUUUUUUUUGCUACUAAUAGUUUUGUUUGUAUUUAUCAUGUACAUAUUGUUUAAUUUUGAGUGUUUUGUGUGCUUCUCAACAAUGCAUCCUCAAAUAUCAUUCCUUGAGCUUCCAGAUAUGUUGCUCGCCGAGCGCCAACUAGCCGUGGUCUCCGUAUGUCAUGAGAAAGUGUGUCUGUAUAAAUACGAGAACUCUCAUCUCUAUUAAAAACAGUAUAAAAUUUUAUAGUUGUCUUAUAUCUUUCAUUUCCUCCUUUGAUAUUUUUUCUCGUGUCAUAGUCAGUGAUUGUGCAAAAUUUAUGUACAUGGAAAUAUGAUAAAUAUUAAAUCUUUGAUAGAACGAA